AUGGCAUUGGUCCUACAAACUGUGAAUGGAUUUGCCUCUGGCCUCGGGGAACGUUGGAAUCGCAUGAGUUCAUUGGGAUGGAGCACAGUCCGCCAAAAUCGGCAUAGGUUAGGUGCUAUUGAUGGAACAUGGCUCAUUCCCUUCAACUACGUAGCUGCGCUAGCAGGUACUAUGAGCCCUCUGUCCCACGCAUCUAACCAGCUCGCGUGGUUCAUCGGUUCCACCAAAAACUCUCAUUUGUUGAAGUGGAGCAUAGUGCGCUUUAGGCGCCGAGCGAGAAAGGGCCCUGGAUGCGCUAGCGAUCGGCACAUAGGGGUUGGUUGUCCGGGAUUCUCGGCAUGGUAUCCUACACCUCGCAUUCAUGAUAUCUACAUUCAAGGAAACACGGUCGAAGCACGCCCGCCCAGUGUGCUUCUUUCACGACAUGUUCUGGAACUUGCUUAUAAUAGACUUUCUUCGAUGCAACUCAAAGGAAGUCGCCCCAGGAGUCCAGAGAGCAAGCAUCCAACGGUCUCCGUGCCGGCUCAAAAAGAAAGGUUCUUACUCCGAGAAGACUUACCAAAGAGAGCCAAAGCGUUCAGAUCAGCAACUCGACCUUUGCCUACUUCGGAAGGAUCCAAUGAAAGUUGGCCCAAUUGCUUGAACAUAGAACCUUUGUAUCCGAGAGUAGACAUGUCAUUCAAAAGCAAUUUACUUGACUAUCAUCCCAAGGAUCAGGGCAACCUCUUGGAUAUCUUGCUUCUUGGCCGCUCUUUACACUGUCCCACCAUUUGGUGGUGUGUGGAGAAGAUAUAUCCAGGGAAGCGCCUUGAUAAAUAUGCUAUCCUUGGCGACGAUAUUUGUAUCGCCGACUCAAAGGUCGCAGAAGUCUACCUAUCUACACUUAAGGAUUUAGGUGUUACUAUAUCACUUCCUAAGUCUUUAGUCUCAGAUGUGGGUGGCGCUGAGUUUGCUAAGAAGUUUAGGUGUAAUAAUUUAACAGUAGAUUUAUCCCCUCUCUUCGAAACCAGGCUAAUUCCCAUACAAUACAUGGACAGUAUUCCCUUUGUCAUCUCUAUAAGAUACAGAGGUUUUCCACUCUAUGUCGAUUGUAUGGUAUUGGUUAUAGGCUUCUUGGUAAACUUAACCACACUAAGUCGUCUACAGUCUUACAACUGAAGGAGAUUUGGUUAAAGGCUAAGCUACCUUUCGAGUGUUGGCUUGGCCAGUGUUGUCCUGUCGACCCUUAUAUAAAAGGUCGAUUGAUCUGGAAGCUUCAACAAGCUUUCAGGCCUAAGGAUUUUGUGGUGCCUCCAAUAAGUACUUAUAAGUCUGAGACUUUUGAGUACUUAGAGGAUAUGAAACUUCUAAGAUCUUGGACUGAAGCCUGGCUCAAGUACGUCAGGUGGUAUUACGCUACUGGUUUAUCCCCAGAUGUGUCCAUCGUGGAUUUUAUCCAAGCUCCUGUUGUUACUACUCGCUCUUUCCAGCGAGUAAAGAGUUUCCACUUCUGACCCGUUUCGGUUUGGUCAGUCCCAAGGUGGUCUUGUUGGGUCUGUUUCUGAUCAAGCUGAACUUUCUUUGUUGGAAGGGAGUUAGAACCUCUUUGAUGUUGAGGUUGCGGCUCAUCGAGAACUGUUGCGGGGAGACCAUAGCUGAGGCUUGGCUUGAUCCUAAACCUCUAACUAUCCUUGGUUCUAGGUUAGGUGGAAGUGAAAAGACUAAGGGAGAUGCAGAUUACAACAUUGCAGAUUCAGAGGAGAAAAAAGUAUAAGCCUUCUUUUUAGUCGUUGAUGAUGAUGUAUGCAAGGAGAGUCCAAGACCAGUAGAAGUAGACCAUGCCGUCAUGGUUGAUCCGGUUCACUGAGGAGCAGGAAACCCUGAAUAGGGAAUUUCUUAAGAGAAUCAAGAUAUGGAAAAGAAGGAAAUCCCCUUUUUAAUGCCAUCGAUAUAGAAGAGACUACGGUGCCCAAAACCUUAGGCUUAGGAAAUGACUUAUUCCCAUAGUUAUAGCUUGCUUUCUAUAGAUGAGCCCUUCGUUCAAUGUUCCUUUGGAAGGAAGGCACAUACCAACUUGCGAUACAAUCGAGCUUCCAUUGAUGGAUCAAAUCCAGCUAUAAGUGAUCGAGUACUUCCUUCCAUAAAACUAUAGUUGAGUCAGCCCUAGGAGAACAGCGCUUUGAGUCCCUUCUCUCGAGUACUGGUUUGAAUAGACAGACCAGCCAAGAUUGAAGUUCAAAGUGUAACAGUAACACUCUUGCCCCCCUGUUACCAUAAGCUCAAUCCGAACUUUGCCCUUACUGAGAAGAUUCACCAUCUGACUCUUGUACCAAUCGGGGACCACAAAGUCACUACUCCACUUUUCCACACCUCGGAAUUCAACUAAAAAGUUCCAUUAAGUUAUCACAAUCGCACCAACCGUGUACAAUGCAUGCAAGAGUGUUUGCCUACUCUGCAACGAGACCUCAAAGGUGCCAGCUGCAUCGUAACACAAGUCCUCCCACCAGGCCAUAAUUCAAAUCAUUCGACGGUCUGAACUCUUGACUUGACAGCACUACUACCAUCUAUUUCUUGAUGAGGAGUGAGGAGGGCGGUGUGAAGGGAUUGCUAACGAAAAGGCUUUGAAGCCUGAAGAAGAAAGCAUUGAUUGGGGCUGAGCAGGCUGAACUGUGAAUCAUAUGACUGAAGAAGGGCAUAUG